AAAGGUGUUUUGGAUGAAACAUUACAUUACGGACCAUAUUCUCAUUAUUGGUGGAAAACAAAUAAGGUUUUUAAUGAUACAUACUUUCCUAUUCAUGUCAGACAAAAAACUAAGGUUAUUUUUAAUAAUCGGGAGUUUAUUAUUACUAUAGUAGUUGGGCAUUCUAACAAUCCCUACCUACCCAGUUAUACUUGUCAAAGUGAUGCUUUUUAUACUAAAGUUUCAGUUCACGAUCCUAGCACUGCUAUUUCCUCUAUUUAUACCAGUAUUUUUAAUACCAAAACUCAUUAUUUAGGUCCACUUAUUAUAGAAUGGACAGAUCAUGAUAUCAUUUCACAAUUGAUAAUUGAUAUUCCCUUUUUUCCUUUUUUUUUUAACUUGGGCCAAAUUAAAAUUUUUGUUUUUGGGAUCGGGUCAUCUUCUCGAGAAGAUUGGAAUAGGGGUGGUUCGGGUUAUCAAUCAUCAUUAAUUCAUAUGUAUGGUAAAAAACAGGGCUUAUAUAUUUUAUCUAUAGAGGAUAAUAUAUGUGAGGUUAAGGUCUAUCAAGAUUCAGAGUUAAAAAAAGCAGUGGAGAGAGCAUCUCCAAAUGAUGUUGGGAGCAUUUUAAUAUUAAUAAAUAUAGUGUAUAAUCUUUUUGUUAUGUGGCUAGAACAAGAAAAAUUAAAUGCAGGGCGAUCAAUAUUUCGCGCUGCUGGUGCUUAUGAUAUAACACCUUGGUCAUACACAGAAUCAGAGUAUCAAUUUUGGACUAAUUCUAAUACACCAGACCAUGAUUCCGCAAUACUUAAACAAUUCUAUAAAUUUGGACAUUUAAUAAGUAUACCUAUCCACAUGCCAAAUGCAACACAUACCUUUUGGAACUCUUUUUCACAUGCUUUAAAUAAUAACAAAAAAACUUUGGAUAGAAAACGACGUAUUUUAUCAAUAAUUGCUGAUGAUUUCAUCUAUAAUGAAUUAGAAGAAAAUUUAGGU